GAGAAGUCUCCUUCUCUUGUGGCAUGCUAACAUAAAUCUGACCUCAAUAUGGUAACCUGAGCUAACAUCUGCUUUGAAAUACACUAAUGAAAUGGUCUUGGUAUAUAUUUUUGCCCUCUCACACUGUUAUUGAAAACACAGAAGCAAAGCUGAACGACACAACAAGAGACAGAGAUGAGUUGAAGGAGAAGCUGAAUGUGUGUGAAGCAAGGUUGAACGUCACAAUAAGAGACAAAGAUGCGUUGAAGGAGAGGCUGAAUGUGUGUGGUGAUUAUUCUCGGCAAGGAUGGGUGCAUUUUGGUGGAAGUUUAUAUUACAUAUCUUCAGAGCAGAAAUCAUGGCAAGACAGCAGAAGUGACUGUCAGCAACGUGGUGCAGACCUGGUGGUUAUCAACAGCAGAGAAGAACAAGAAUUCACAAGACAAUUCCAGAAGGUAACCUGGAUCGGACUGACUGACAGAGAGACAGAAGGGAAAUGGAUGUGGGUGGAUGGGACUCCACUAACCAUGAGCUUCUGGGGAAAUGGUGAACCCAACAGUCACGAUGGCAACGAUGAAGACUGUGGAGAGAUGAAGUUCUUGGAUAAUGAAAACAGCUGGAAUGAUAAACCGUGUGACAUAGAAACUGUUUGGAUAUGUGAAAAACUGUUAAGUGUUGCUUAAACUAAACUGUUAAAAUAGCAGAAAACGUUUGUUUGUAAGCUUAUAGGGCAGCUGAUGUUAAUGUAGCUUGUUAAUAGGUGGGUAAAUUGAACACAUACAGUCAGUGCAGAAACUGCUCAGACACCAUUGCCUUUAGCACACCAAUAAUGUGAUGAUGUAUAUUUUUUCCAGUCUACGCGACAUUGAUAAUGUCAGUGUUUUAUAAACGUUUGCAAAUUUGUCAAUUCUCUCAAUAACAAAAUGACUUUGAAUGUUCAGUUAGUUAUCUUCAGAUAUUUUCCCAUGGAUUACAUGGGGUUUAAGUCAAGCUUAGGUUUGGUCACUGAAGGAAUCAGAAACUAUUCUUGAAGCUAAGGGAGAGUUUUUUUAUUUUUUUUUUUUGGCUGUUUUGCUGAUGGAUGAUUUGUUGCUCCAUUCUCAGUUCUCUUCUGUCUGGAGCAGGAUUUCCUUGAACAUUCCUCAGUUCUGAACAGUCUCACUGUCCAUGGUGCUGAGAAGCAGUCCUACCACUUCCAUUGUCUGGCAUGUCCUCUGCUGGAAACUUGUGAAGCCCCAUUUGAGUGCCUGCUGUGUCCCUGAUUUCUAGAUUAUUCAGUUUGACAUGUGUGAACAGAGGAAAUUUACACACAGACAUAAGCCUUUCUAAGCCCCCCCCC